GAAUUUCAGUUCUGUGACCACAAGUGUCAAGGUUACUUUUCGAAUGCGUCUUAUUAUAUUAACAGUUGUUGAAGCCUCUCGAACAUAGUUGUGUCGCAACUUCAGCGUGAAUCAUAUCAGUGUUUCGUAAAAAUUUAGAUACUAACGUGAACAUUCUUUUGUUGGAUUAUUUUCAAACAUCAUCCAGUCAUGAAGCUCAUGUCAAAUAUCAUUUUAUUAUUAUUUUGUGCUUUCACCAUAAUCGCAAGUUCCUCAGCUAUUCUUCUCCACCCUUCUAAAAUCAAACCAUAUUUGUUGGUAGCUGAGGCAUCAAAUAAUUUUACAAAUAAAUUCUUUCCGGCUUUAUUAGAUCACGUUCAAACAAGAAAUGCCAUUUAUUCACCACUUAGCGUCUAUGCUUGGAUAAUUAGCAUAUACUUUGGUGCUGAAGGAGAAACCCAAAAUGAAUUGAAAUCAGUUGCGUAUUUGGCCCAUGAUGGCGUGAAUCUUCAAUCCGCAUUUCGAACUGUAUUGGAUUCAAUCGAACGUGGUGAAAAAGAGGCCGUAGUUCGUACAGUCAAUUAUAUCUGGAUUGAGAAUAAGUUCUCAAUAGCUCCAAAAUUCAAUGAAUUUGCUGAACUUUAUUGUAGUGUUCAUACAGACGUGUUUAAUCCUAAUAUGCUUGAAGAAAGUCUUAAUAAAAUAAAUGCUAGAAUUGAAGAUAAAACACAUGGUCUUGUAAAAAAUAUUCUUACAAUGGAUGAUUUAAAUGGGGCAAAAGUAUUAGCAGUGAGUAGCACUUACUUCACUGGAGAAUGGGCUCAUAAAUUUUAUUAUUCACCAUCGACUGAAAAAACUAUCUUUCAUGUUAGUGAGGCAGAAGGAACCAUGGUAAACAUGAUGCACGUCGUUGGUAAAUUUAAUACUGGUAGAGUUCCAGGUCUCAAUGCUGAUUACGUAGAGUUACCUUUCAAGGACAUAGAGCCGUGGGGUCGUAAGAAAGCUAUUACCAUGUUCAUCAUUCGUCCUGAUUCAUUCAGAGACUUGGAGCAGCUUGUUAGUAAUUUUGAGAAAAUAAAUAUCUCAGAACUUGACUCUGAACUGCAAUCUCUGAAUGUGUUUCUGCCACAGUUUAAAGUUGAAAGCAAGUUGGAAUUGACACAAACUAUGAAUGAAGUUGGAAUUCAAAAAAUAUUCAACGCUUCAGGUGAGCUGAAUCAUAUGGUCGAAGAGAAUGUCACAACACCAUUCGACCUUUUUGUGCAAAAAGUUUCUUUGGAGAUCAACGAAGUAGGAGCUAACGUGAAUAGUGGAGGAACAGUUAUUAAACCCCCAGAUGCCAAUGAUUAUCCAAAAUUUUGGGUGGACGCACCUUUUCUUGCUGUCAUUUUGGAUAAUGAAACUAAAGCUAAGAUUUUUGUUGCUCGCAUCGUUCAUCCUAAUGAGUGGCUGUUAAAACAUUAAUCUUUUUAAAAAUAUUUCAUUUUUAUCAUAAUCAAUCAACUUAUUAUUAAUCAAUAAUUAUGUUUUAUUCUUAACUUACUUCGAAUUACGAUAAUGUAUUAUUGGACCAUUAUUGAUAGUAUUUUAAUGAGUGAUAAUCUUUGCAUGUGGUGUGGGUUUUUAUAAUUAAUUUACGACAAUCAUAUUCAAACAGUAUCUUUUAUAACUAAUAUACUGAUGAUGUACGUUAUUCAAUAAAAAGCAAUGUUCUUUUAAUGAA